AUGUCCACCUACACCCCAACCCCACGCUACUACGCCUCCAAGUUCCACGAAUCCCUCCCAGAAGCCCAAACGCACCCCGUUCCCCCCACCUGCUCCCUCCCCUGCACCGACUUCCGCAGCAUGUGCUCGCACUGCUGGACGCUCUUCGAAACAGGCAAGCAGGCCGCGCCGCUCUCGCACGCCUCCAGCCCCAGCGCACCCUGCACAGCGCUCGGCCACAUGUGCGACUACUGCUGGGCCGCGUACGAGACGGCCGGGCUCGAAGGCAACGUGGCCAUACACGCCGACGACAACUGUCUCACGCCGCUAAGCAUGUGCGACCACUGCCGGCGGGCCUUCAACGCGCUUACGCCUGUUAUUCCGCCGGAAAGCCUCCUCGCGAGGCCGGGGGUCUACCCCGUGAAAUUCUGGAAGAGGUUUGCGGAGGGUGUAGUCGAUCAGGGGUUUGGCGCGUAUAUCGCAACGGCUCUUGCGGAGCGACUGGGGAAGCUGUUCUGUGCGCCUGUUAGUGUGCGUGCGUUUACGACGACGCCGCCGGGUAAGGAGAGUCCGAAUCUGGCGAGUGUGCUUGUUGAGUUUCCGCAUGUUGUUGAUGUUAAUGAGCAGUUGGUGAAUGUCAUGUUCCAGGGUUUGCCUGGGGAGGGACUGGGUGAGGGGUCGAAGUGGACUAGUCGGAUUCCGAGGCAGGAGCAGUGUCUGUGUCACUUUCGGCUGAGGUUCUUUCGGGCUAUGGUGGAGUAUAAUCCUGAUAAGACGUGGAGGGAGUUUCAGGUCCUGGAGGCUGGGGGCUUGUAA